AUGGUUGUGGGCGACUUCAGUUUGGCGGCUUUCUUCGACAUAGAAGGGGUUUUUAAUAACGUGAAUUUGGAGUCCAUAAAUGGCUCUGGUGGACUUGAAGGUCCCCCCUCUUUUGAUGAAGGCGAGAAGAUAGAUGAUAAAGCUGCUGCUGCUAUUGCUGCUUUUGCUGUUAUUGCUGCACUAAAUGGCAUCCUCUCACCAGCAUUUGUUGCUGAUCGCCCAGUAAUGUCAUUAAGAAGGCAAGGAAUUCAUCUCACAGCAUCCUCUUUGCUCAGCACUCUACUAACAACUCUCAUCGCAUCACCAAUACUUCUAGUCUCUUCGUAUGUCAUCGAUCCCAAUGCUUUAACAGAUGCCGCUCAGAAAUCCUUGAACUCAGCUCUCUCCUCUAAAGUGAUAUUUCAGAGUCCCAGUGUUGAGAACAUCCUAAAAGAGUUCAUAGUGUCUUCGAAACCUUUGUCAUUGCGCAAAUAUUCAAAUCGCCCAAAGACAAAGAAAACCAAAAAGGAUUCUCGCAUCUAUUAUAUACCCAUACCACCAUUGCCAUAUCGUUAUAUACCUGGUAUUGGCUAUGAUUAUCAACCCAUGAAAAUAAAACCUUUGCUGGUCGAACCUUCCUCAUUGCCAGAUGUGCCAGCCACCACAGAUUAUACACCAAAUUAUGGUCCACCACAAAAUCCCUACAAACAUUAUCAACAACAAUUGCAGAAUUCCUAUUAUCAAACGGCAAUGCCAGGUGGUCAUCAACAGCAACAGCAUCACUACCAUCACCAACAACAACAUCAAGAUGUAACCAGUAGUCAAAUACCGGUUACUGUGGUCCCAACAAAACCCCCAGCACCCCCUUUGAAACCUACAGAUGUGGCGGAGAGCAAAGUCUAUCGUUUGGAUCGUCAUGAUUACUAUUUCAAUGGGCGACCCUUCCGAUUACAGGUAGCCCAUGCUGGGCCCAAAUCACGUCUGACGCCACAAAACCUAAAAUCUUCAUUCUAUUUUAAUAAGAACAUUAUUUAUUAAGUUUUUACUGCAUAUAAACAUUUUAUGUUAUAAAAUUAAAUAAUGAUCAUUCU